CGGUAGCCACAACUCUCCAGUAGCGGUAGCGAAAUCCCGUUCGGUGAUCCAGCCGCCCAGCGCAACGGGUACAAAGAACCAGCGGCUAAGGCCGACCUACCAGGGCUUGGGGGAGGGGAGCGGAAGACAGAGGUCGAAACGACCUGUCCAGCAGAAAACUAUCCCCGAGCAUAUUCCAACCACUUCUCCGUAGAGAGCUCAUUCCUUCCGCGCAUACGAAGGGCGCCAAUCCUUCCUGUAUCCCUCCCACAGAUACCAGGUGACUACUGCUUUUGCGCCCAAAGCGCAGUGCCCUGGCUCAGCUCCCUACGGUAGCGACCUCCACCGCAGAUCCUCAUCUCCUCGCUAACGUAAGAGAGAUGUAAAGAAUCAGACGGGUUACACGCUCAGGGACACUCAUGAAGCAGAGGACCUGGGCUUAAAACUCAUUCAGUAUUAGGAAAAGAGCGCCGAGCAUGGUUCUAUUAUGCCGAGGCUUCUGAAAGGGGCACCAUUUUUUUUGCUCUAUGGGGCAGAUGACCCCUCCCUAAUUUCUGUUUUCCAUCCAUCCCCAAGGUAGGCUCUGGAGUGGCACCGGGGUCUGAGCUCAAAUUUGCAGGCCAGGGACUGGGGAGAAGGGCGCCACACUAAGAGACCUGCACCCCCAUCCUCGCCUUGUACUCUAUCCAGAGUCGUGGUACCCCUCCAUUUUAAAGCAAAAUCCAAAAGCAAGCACGGCGGAAUCUUCUGGAAGGGGGCUAAGAUGGAACUCAGGAGGCGGGGGUCGGUAUGGAAAGAGCAGAUGGAUUAUUUUUUUCCUCUCCUGGCGAAUGAGGAGCGCCCCCAGCCACCCCUCCUCAUAAACACCCCCCCAAGGCGCGCAUGCGCACUUAAGUGGCGGGCGGGUACUUAAGGCGCGGCCACCUCGGCUGCGGCAGUGCGCCCAACAGCGGACUCCAAGACCAGCGGAUCUCGGCAAACCCUCUCUCUCGACCACCCACCUACCACUCUCGGAACCAUGGCGGCAGUGGCGGCAGCCUCGGCUGAACUGCUCAUCAUCGGCUGGUACAUCUUCCGUGUGCUGCUGCAGGUGUUCCUGGAAUGCUGCAUUUACUGGGUAGGAUUCGCUUUUCGAAAUCCUCCAGGGACACAGCCCAUUGCGAGAAGUGAGGUGUUCAGGUACUCCCUGCAGAAGCUGGCGUACACGGUGUCGCGGACCGGGCGGCAGGUGUUGGGGGAGCGCAGGCAGCGAGCCCCCAACUGAGGCCCCAGCUCCCAGCCCUGGGCGGCCGUAUCAUCAGGUGCUCCUGUGCAUCUCAGCCAGCACGGGAGCCAGUGCCGCACAGGAACGGGGGGUCCCCUGUGCUCCCUCGCCAGAGGAGCACUUGGCAAGGUCAGUGAGGGGCCAGUAGACCCCUGGAGAAGCAGUACCGACAAUGACGAAGAUACCAGAUCCCUUCCCAACCCCUUUGCACCAGUCCCACCAAGGGGCAGGGUCGGGAGAAGAGGGGGAAUAGGGGGAGCAGACCCCUGAGAUUUGGGCAUAGGCACCGCAUUCUGAUCUGGACAAAGUUGGGACAGCGCCAUCCCAGCCCCGAAGCCAGGGCCAUGCCAGCAGGCCCCACCAUGGAGAUCCAAACACCACACCAGCCAGCAGAAUGGACGCUCUGACAUCGCCAGCCGAAUCCCUGAAUCUUGGUGCAGCACCAACCGCGUGCCUGUGUGGCGGGACUGGAGGGCACAGUUGAGGAAGGAGGGUGGUUAAGAAAUACAGUGGGGCCCUCUUGCUGUCCCUUGCCUAGGGCACUUGCAUUCCAGCCUUGCUGCAUUUGCUCCCUCGAUUCUCCUUUCCUCCUCACUGCCUUCCAAGCCCACCCUACUCCAAAAUAAUGUGUCACUUGAUUUGGAACUAUUCAAGCAGUAAAAGGAAAUGAAUCCCACUUUUACUAAAACACUUUCUCUGAAUCCCCCUUGCCCCUCACUGAUCUUGCUUUUCCCUGGUCUCACGCAGUUGUGGUCAAUAUUGUGGUAAUCGCUAACUGUACUGAUUGUUUAAGUGUGCAUUAGUUGUGUCUCCCCAGCUAGAUUGUAAGCUCCUGGAGGACAGGGACCACCUCUACAAAAAAUAAAAAAAAGUACCUCCCCUGUCUCGCACAGUGUCCCAGGACCCUGCGGGGCAGUGGAGGCGCGCCAAAACUU